GUGUAUAAAUAUGACAAAAUUGUUACGUUUAAUAUUAUAUGAUUUAUGAUUUUAAAUUAAGAUUAUUUAAACCUAAAUAAAUAAGGGAGUGUUUAUGGUGAAAGCACGGAAGAUGCGAAUUCUUUUAUCCACAAAAUUCAUGGACGAACUAACUUUUGAUUAAAAAUGGAAUUUUUAGAAAAUUAUUGAACAAAAAAAACAAAUAUGAUAAAUUCUGGACUUGAGUUAACAAAUAGUGUUUCGCUACCCGACGACAAGAAAAUGAUUGUUGAAAACCCAAGUAUAGUACAGAAAGUAGAACCGUUACAGAAUAUUCAAUUUAAUGCAGUUGCAGCUAACUCUGACAUACAGAUUAAAAUUAAGAAUCCUAUUGAGGUAUUAAGUCUUCAGAUAGAUACUAACAAUCAUUCAAAUUUAGUAGCUGAUGGUGAAAUUGAUAGCAAGGCAGUUGAAACAAAACCUGCUUUAAAUAAUGAUAUGAAAUCUCCUAUUAAAAAUGAUGUUGUAUCGACACUUGCUAGAAACGUGAGUAAAUUUGACGUGUUCUCUGAACAAAUUGUACCUAAAGGCACUAAAGUGUCUAGCAAACGUAUUGAUAAGCAGAAAAAUGCAGUGUCAAAUAAAAAAUCUUCUCCCAUAAAUAAAGCCAACUAUUUGUAUGUUGGAGGUAUAAAAUCUACAAUAACAAUUGAACAAAUCAAUGAAAAAUUUUCUAAAUUUGGCAAUAUAUUAAAUGUUGAAAUUUUCGACGGCGCUUAUCGUUAUGGAAAAGAAAGUACACUGAAAUGCGGUUUUGUUUGUUUUGAGCACAGUUCUUCGGUAGAUAAACUGCUCUCUUAUAAAGGUCUUACAGAUAUGUUGAGUAAUGACAAUAAGGUAUAUGUGGACAGACGUAUAGAAAAAUAUGAACCUUAUCCGAAUUCUAUGUUGGAUAAAGCAUAA